GAUCUCUUAUUUCACACUUUUUUUGGGAGAUGUAUCAUGUCUGUUAAACCCCUUUCACCAAGGGAAUCUGGAAAAUUCAUUGCAGAACACAGUCAAGAUGUAACUAUUAAUCAGGAUGCUGCUAAGAAAGUUGGAAAACAGAUAUGGGAGAGCUUAGAGAAAGAGAGGUACAGCAUCAAAUCAUGGAAAGAGCACACUCUUCAUCCAAAGACAAUGACAGACGCUACAGUUGACUGGAUAUUUGUCAUGGACACACUGAAUUUCUCAUUUUGGAGUGAGACUAAUGAGAAGCGUUUUCUGGUGCGAUACAAAGAUGAGAAUCACAGUGGAUACUGGUCCAUGUGUGCAGCUCUGAUGAGGGCAUGUGAUGAAGGCAUUCCUAUUACUACUCCAUCCUACUACUCUAAGAUCACUUUGGAUGAAUUGAGGCAUGUCUUUCGUUCAGAGACAGAUACUGGUAUCCACCUCCUUGAUAAGAGGCUAGAGAAUCUACAUGAUGCAGGCAAAGUACUCCUGGAGAAAUUUGAUGGAUCUUUUGUGAAUUGCAUCAAGGCUAGUGAGAAUAGUGCUGUCAAGCUUAUAGAAAUUGUUACAUCAAAAUUCUCUUCUUUUCAGGAUGUAGCCAUUUUCAAUGGCACAAAGGUAUCUCUUUAUAAGAGAGCACAGAUCCUUGUUGCAGAUAUUUGGGCAUGUUUUGAAGGACAGGGUCAUGGCCAAUUUACCGAUAUAGACACCUUGACAAUGUUUGCAGAUUACAGGUAUAAACAAGAAUCAUAAUACUUCUUUUGAUUAAAGAAACUUGCUCAUCUGUAAAGUAAUGAAUAUAUUGAUUUGGGGGGGGGGGGCAUAUUAUGCAAGGUUGUUCUCUAUUACACUUCAAUUUGAAUUUAUCUUUGAAUAAACAGUAGGGCUCUGAAAUAAUGAAGCCAUCACACCUUUUCUCAUAGGCGGGGAGUGGGGGGGGGGGGAAGCAUAUUGUGCAAUUAGUCCACAAUGACCACAUUCAAAUUUCAUUUUAGUAUCAAUAAAAACUAGAAGUGCUCGGUGGUUCGCAGGGCCGAGCACAUGUUUCCCCCUCACCUACCCCAUCAUCCCUCAUUGCGAUAUAUAGAGCUCAUACAUGAAUUUGACAAAUAAAUACAAUUAUCAUGGCAACAAUGACCCUGCUGACAUGUUGUCUCUGGGUAUCAAAUUUGAUGACAAUAUGACGCAGCAACGUGACUCUGGAGAACCUAGAGUAUUCUUUAGUAACACCUGUUGGGAAUUACAAAUAUAGAGUAAUCUGGAUAUAUUUGGAAACCUAACCCUCUUUCAAUCUCUGAUUUGGAUGAAGUUGGGACAAAUAUGUAUAAUAUGGCAAUAGAUGAUCACAGAUUUCAAUGCAGACAAUUUUUGGGGUAUUGUUUUUUUCACUUCUGAAGUUGUGGUAUUAUGUUGUUGUGUUAACCUGCAGAGUGGGUUUGAUGACAAAUGCUGUGAUGGAAAAUGCUCUGGCAAGGAAUCGUAGUGUUGAAGCUAAGCUUUUUCGGUAUACCGGUAUUAGUAAUGCCGUUCGGUAUGAACGUCAUACCGGUAUGGAUACCGCCGUUAAAAUUUCAAUACCGAAAUACCGUCAUACCGAAAGUUGAAAAUAUCAUACCGGUAUUUUCUUCUGUAUUGUUGUCCAUGGGUAUUUUUAUAGUAAAAUUAAGCCAAAACAAUAAGUUGUUUGGCUCUCUCAACGUACUUAAUGAAAUCAGAGUCCGAUAAUCUAACCUCGAAAUGAACACAUCGCCCCUGAACUAAUGUCUGAGCUCCGCUAGCCGCUGCAUAAGGCCUCGGCCCCACCGCUAGUGCAUGUCAGCUCCAUGCACUUGUGUACACAGCUUGAACAAACGAAGCCGAUCGAGACGGGGAGCAUUUCAUGGAGAUUCUCUCAGUGGUUUCAACAACAGACUUGCUUUCCGCUAAUCACAUGCUAGGGUUUGUAAUAACUUGUAACAUCCCUCUACAAACAAAUAAAAUCACUGACAAAACUCUUCUUGAAACACUCCCUAGCCUGCCUUUUGACCACGUGGUGUAAUGCGGGCUUCAACAAAGUACCAACCUUGAGGCGUUGACAGAGGGAUUAACACUUGUUUUUCUUAUGCAAUUUUUUUCUCGGACUGCUCUUAAUUUGUUUCAAUGGGGUUUCCACUGAGUUUUUAUUUUAUUUAUUUUUUUUUUUUUUGGGGGGGGGGGUUGCUGGGCAUUGACAGACAAACCACAAUGAUUAACACUUUUUUCUUUCUGCAAGUUUUUUUCUCGGACUGCUCUUAUGACAAGUUUACCUGCUACAAAAGUCGUCUGACCCCCACCCCCCAAAAAACAGUAAAUAAAUGAAUACAUAGAUAUAUGGAAAAAAUAAAUAAAUAUAAAAUGAAACCUUAAAAAAGACAGAAAAUGUUGAUAAGAAAAAAAUGUUACACCAUUCCUCUUGGUUUAUUUUGAAAAUGAUCUGUGAAGUGAUCGUGAAUGGACGGAAGAAAAUGGCCGGGAAUGUUUGUGUGAUUUGUGAUGGUCGAUGUAUCCGUUUGUGCAUGUGCGGUCAUGAAUAAAAUAAAAUAAACUAUUGGAUUGAUUGUAAUUUAAAAUUAUGAUGGACUGGUGGCGAGAUAAGAUGAUGAUCAACUCAAUUUUGAUGUGUGUGAAAGAUAGAAUUGACAUCAUUAAAAUGAAAGAGUAUUGAUGACCAGGAUUGGGGGGGGGCGAUAGAAGAGAGAAAUAGAAAAAAGAGGGGAAGAUCGAGACUCAGUGAAGAGGAGGAUGUUGUUUGUGGUGAGGGGUGGUGAUAGGGAGAGGAUUUUAUGGGCUGGGGAGAUAAAGAAAGAAACAAAAAGUGAGAAAAAGGACGCCGGGGAAUAAGAAGUCAAGGGGGAGGGUUUUAGACAACAUGUGGAGAUUCACAAGAGGGAGAAAACAUGGCCUGACUGGACGUUAGCUAAAAAAAGAGGGGGGGGGUUCAAAACAAUGGACAUAAGAAAAGUUAUUUAGGAGACGUCAAAAUUUCAGGUCAACAAACUUUGAACCAUCGACGAACACGUGUUGAUGUGAGUGGUAAACAAAAGGGGCGGAUCUGGAUGUGAAUGAGUGGGGCCAGAUCGGUGAAAGGAAAAUCACGCAAUUCACCUUGACUGUUAUCAGCAGGGAAUUUGGUGCUUGGAACUUGGGGCAUGUACACACGUUUAGCAAAGUAAGUAGCAGUGAGUAGGUGCGGUAUAGCAUUUGGUAACUUGACUAGAUCUAGUUGAUUUCAGCAUGGAGAUAGGAUUAAUUGUACCACAUGCUUGCUGAGAUAAUUUCGCGCACAUGCACAGGUAACUCCCUCUCGGUGGGGAGAGAGCAAGAUUGUAUAAGUUUUGGUAAAGAAAGUAACAUGAAAAUAUGUUUGAGAAAGUUUCUGUCAAUGAGAACGGCCCUUGCUGAGCAUUCCUCGGCUGACCGCAAGCAUCCACUGUUUAUCAAGGCCAUAUGAGGGUUAAACAAACAUUGGACACUGUUUGCACAAUAAAUUGGGAAUUUACUCGGUAUUAGUCGGUAUACAGGUAUUGAAGCAAUUAGUAAUACCGGUAUUGAAAAUAUCAAUACCGAAGCGCUCAAAAACCUUAACCCUAAUUCUAAUCGAAAUCUUUAG